GCUACAUGUGGAUAUCCGCCGGUCGCGCCGAGAACUUUCGUAUCAAGGGACAGGCGUAAACUAUACUGUAUAUUUCCCGUCGAAAUCGCGGGACUCGUGACGAAUCGCGCCAUAAACGAGAUUGAUUUGCCGUUAGCCAUGCAGAUGGAUCCAACGACGUUGCAGCUGAUCCAAUUCCUCGAGAGGACCGUCUCAUCGGAUAAGAAUGAGCUCGUGGCAGCGCAGACUUUUCUGCAGCAUGCGGCCGAUUCUAAUCUUCAUGAAUUCGUGCAACGACUCAGCGCCGUGCUGGUCACAGUCGGCGCGAGCCCCGUCGCCCGCAUGGCAGCGGGUCUACAGCUCAAAAACCAACUUACCUCCAAGGAUCCGGAUAUGAAGUUCCAGUACCAGCAACGCUGGCUUACUAUCCCUGCUGAAACGAGAGAUUAUAUCAAGAAAAAUAUUUUAGGAGCAUUAGGAACAGAAAACAAUAGGCCAAGUUCUGCGGCGCAAUGCGUCGCUUAUGUUGCUGUUGCCGAGUUGCCUGUGGGACAAUGGAGCGAAUUAAUUCCAUUGUUAGUCAAUAAUGUUGUCAACCUGUCCAGUACCGAAAUGAUGAAGGAAGCCACUCUAGAAACUAUUGGAUAUAUCUGUCAGGAGAUUGAGAGUGAAGUGCUAGUAUCGCAAUCAAAUGAGAUUCUUACUGCUAUCAUUCACGGUAUGAAGGGUUCCAGUACGUCAAAUCAUGUUCGACUGGCAGCAACAAGCGCCUUAUACAAUUCCCUGGAAUUUACUAAAGGAAAUUUUGAAAAAGAGACAGAACGAAACUUCAUAAUGGAAGUUGUGUGCGAGGCCACUCAGUCUACCAAUACCCAGAUCAGAGUGGCUGCGUUACAGUGUCUUGUGAAAAUUAUGUCACUGUAUUAUCAAUAUAUGGAACCAUACAUGGCUCCAGCACUAUUUCCUAUUACUUUAGAAGCUAUGAAGUCUGACAUUGAUGAAGUGGCACUUCAGGGAAUAGAAUUUUGGUCGAAUGUAUCUGAUGAGGAGGUUGACUUAUCAAUGGAAGAAGGAGAAGCAUCGGAAGGAGGUCGCCCGCCGCUGAAAGUCUCACGACAUUAUGCUAAAGGAGCUUUACAAUAUCUUGUACCAGUAUUGAUGAAAAAAUUAACCAAGCAAGAAGAGUUUGAUGAUGAAGACGAUUGGAAUCCUUCAAAGGCUGCCGGAGUAUGCUUGAUGCUACUCUCCAGUUGUUGCGAGGAAUCCAUCGUUCCAUUCGUUCUUCCCUUCGUCAAGGAUAACAUUAAGAGUCCCGACUGGAGGUAUAGGGACGCAGCUCUUAUGGCGUUUGGCUCAAUUCUCGGCGGUUUAGAACCUGCUACACUGAAACCGCUAGUAGAACAGGCUAUGCCCACUCUCAUCGAGCUGAUGUAUGAUAGUAGUGUCGUCGUUCGGGAUACCGCAGCAUGGACAUUCGGCCGUAUAUGUGAGAUGAUUCCAGAUGCCGCAAUCAAUGAGACCUAUCUGAAACCACUGUUGGAGUCCUUAGUGAAUGGAUUGAAAGCCGAACCACGCGUCGCUGCCAAUGUAUGCUGGGCAUUUACAGGAUUAGCAGAAGCAAGUUAUGAAUCUGCUGAAGUGAGUGAAGAUGCCACUCAACCAGAAACAUAUUGCAUGUCACAGUACUUUGAUUUUAUCAUUCAACGACUCUUAGAAACAACGGAUCGACCAGAUGGGGCUCAAGCCAAUCUGAGAUCCGCUGCCUAUGAGGCAUUAAUGGAGAUGGUAAAGAAUUCACCGCGAGACUGUUACGUGACUGUGCAGAAGACUACAAUGGUGAUACUUGAACGAUUACAGCAAGUUUUACAGAUGGAGUCGCAUAUACAGAGCCAUUCUGAUCGCGCCCAGUAUAAUGAUCUGCAGUCGUUGCUCUGUGCAACUUUGCAGUCUGUCUUACGUAAAGUCACUCCAGAAGAUGCACCGCAAAUAUCCGAUGUGAUAAUGACUGCUUUGCUGUCCAUGUUCAACUCGAACUCGUGCAAAUCGGGCGGUGUGCAGGAAGAUGCGCUCAUGGCCGUUUCAACUCUGGUUGAAGUAUUAGGUGAAGGCUUUCUAAAAUAUAUGGAGGCAUUCAAGCCUUACCUCUGUCUUGGUCUGAAGAAUUAUGCUGAAUACCAGGUGUGCUGUGCUGCGGUCGGUCUCACCGGCGAUAUCUGUCGCGCACUGAAGAACAAAAUGAUACCUUACUGCGAUGAGAUUAUGACGCUGUUGCUCGAGAAUCUCAGCAAUAACGCCGUCCAUCGAUCAGUUAAACCGCAGAUCUUCUCGGCUUUCGGCGAUAUCGCCAUGAGUAUUGGACCAGAAUUUAAGAAAUAUUUGGAUGUUGUACUACAGACGCUAGUGCAGGCGUCGCAAGCUAACGUAGAUAGGAGCGAUUACGAUAUGAUCGAUUAUUUGAAUGAAUUGCGCGAGGGCGUACUCGAAGCUUACACUGGCAUUGUUCAAGGUCUCCGCGGCGAUGCAAAUAAUUGCCCAGACGUUGCUAUCUCUCUUAUCGAGCCGCAUGUGCCGUUUAUUAUACAAUUCAUCACUUCGAUAGCACAGGACCGCGAGCAUUCUGACGGCAAUGUGUCAGCUGCAGUGGGCCUACUGGGUGAUCUCGUUAUGGUGUUUGGAGUCAAACUGUUGCCCAUGGUGGAAACUGAACCGCUUAACGACCUGUUGGCUAAGGGUAGGAAGUCACGAACUCACAAAACUAAACAGCUGGCGACUUGGGCUGCGAAGGAGAUUCGAAAACUCAAGAAUCUCGCCAACGCCGCGUCCAGUUGAUCGCCCCACGGUUGUACUGUCGUGCAAUUUGAUUUGACUAGAAAGCUAUCAAACACAAUACAAAGACAACAAGAUUGGAUGAUGCGGAUGCGAGUUGAUGGAUGUGCGUGAGUCCAAAGCGAUGAUGACGAAAUGGAUUGAUGAGUCUGCACUUGUCCCUAUCUGGCGACGGUAUUUUAUCGAUAUAAUCGGUGUUGAAUGCAACCUAAAUGAUACGAGAAAAAGGGAUUUUAGUGAGAAAAUGAGAGUGAGAAUGAAACAAAGAGAGAGAGAGAGAGAGAGAGAGAGAGAAAGCGCGAGACAAAGAGAGAAUAAAAAAAAUAAGUACCUGUCUGCCGGAUGCUGACAACGGAUGAUGAUGAAGAAUGCAAGUAAAUGUUAUGAGAUGAAUGAAUCAAGGCCAAGCGAGAAGUCUGCUGAUUGCGAGUAUGCCUGGUACGAACAAACCUGCGGUUUCUAUUCUCGUGAUUGAGAGAUUAAACUUUGAAGAGAGAGGAUGACUUCGAUGGACGAUCACGUGAGAGAAAUGAGCAGAAGAAGAUGCGAGAGAAUGAGAUGCCAAAAGCGCGACAGGAAUACCAAGAGAGAUUGGAGGGAGAGUAUAUAUAUGUAUAUGAAUGAUGGAGAAAAAAUGAGAGUGAGAGACUCAGGGAGAAUUUCUGAAAUAAAGUGAUAGCAUGAUAAAUAGGAAAAAAAGCGUAUGAAAAAUAUAGUAAAAUGUAUGUAUGUAUGUGCGUAUGUGUGAUAUGAGAGAGAGAGUGAAUAAGAAUCUUUUAUUUACGGUGACUUUCGCCGUUGACUCAUUGUAAAGCUCUUACCGAGCUUCUCAAUGACGUGCAUCAAAUUUUGAAUCGCAGUUUAUAGCUAUAAAGCUUAGAUUUUAUGUAUGUAUGAAAGAACUCACUUUCCUAGUGCAGCGGAAUGAAUGGAUAACAAGGAAGAGAAAAAGAGAAAGAGAGACUGAAUGCGAAAGGUCAGGAGGUCAGGAAGAUUGUAAAAUUCAUAAAACUAAUGACCUCUGGUCUGAUUGUGCUACGCGCGUGAUUUGUUGUGUAAUAGUAUGAGACGAUGUUGUGUAUGUUACUUUUUCCCCGUACGUGAAUGUCUGUUGCUGUUGGUUGGAUCAUUAAAGUUAAUAUUUUGCUGGCACAAAUGAUUUAGUUGUACCGAAGUCCUCGUCCGACCUGAACGUCCGUAGGAGCAAGUGAUAUUGAACGCUCAACAAAUCCCCAUUCUUAUCCUGUCUGCUUUUCCUUUUAUUAGCCUUUAUAACCGGUCGAUAUACGUGUCCAAUCAUUUUAGUAAUCAAUCAAGUACUUUGCGCGAUCACGGUACUUAGGAGUGACGUCGCAGAUGAGGAGCUUUGCACUGCCAUUUGGAACAACCGCACGGCUUGUCCACAUUUUUUAAACGCUCGUUCCUUCCCUAUACGCGAGACGUCUGGGUCACUCUCGAGGUCUGGGUGAGAUCGUCUUCCUGACCAUGCGUUGCCUGUCUUUUUUCCACACGAUGAGAGAAUCUUGCGGAUCACCGGGACUUUGAGAAAAUAUCGUGAUCGCGUUUAAAAAAGCCGAGUAUUGUUAAACGGAUAAUUGACAUAGCUUAGUGUCGUAGCCUGAAGAGAAGGGUAGCUUAAAGAAAAAAAAAAUCUAUUUCUCCGAAUGGAAUCUAUUUCAUUACAUCUAUUUACGGUGAAAUCAUACGCUUCGAUUUGAAAUCGCGAAAAAAAACCUUUCCACGUCGACCGGUAUGUCUCAAGUACUAUGUGGUGUAUUUCUACCUCCGCUUAUACCGUAUCGUUAAUAACGAGUAGUCAAUGCCGCGAAUUAUUAUCAUGAGUCGUUUUGUAGAAUCACGCAGCCUCUUCGCGGAUCUGUUCCGAGAUACACGGUCCGUAAUUUUUAGCGACAUAAUAACGUGACAUAGAAUACGUCACGUCGAGAAACGUGUCUGUGGUAGUGCCAUGCAUUCCAAAUACUUUUGUCAGCGGACAUGCCGGACUUUCUUUCUAAUUUGACUAUUUGUAGCGAUUUCAUUUAAAUGUAUAUUCGUUUCUUGUUGCAAAUUUUGCGGAAUGCGUGAAGGAGAGAUAGUGACGUAAUAAUAUGACAUAGAAAUCCUAAGCUUUUUGAAUUUAAUAAACGCGAGUGUGUAUUUCGACGAACGUCAGCGUGGAAACGCACAGUUCUCAGAGAUAUUUCACUGACACUCGAUGAUCAAGGCAACGAAUGUAGAGCGAUCACAUUGACUUAUAUCUCAAUGUCUCCGAAAACUAGAAUUCGUGCAUCCGCGCAUCAAUGACGCAUGUUACAUCACGCGCGUGUUUAAACAAUUUUUAUAUUCAUGGUUUAUUUCGCAUAUACAAUACAAUGACGUUUAUUAUUACAAUAUUCCGCAUAAGUAUUGCCACGAUAUUUCAUCAUCCGGGAUUUUUACAAGAAAUAAAUAUAUAUUUUUUAGAUAUUCCUCUCCCUCAAUAUACUUUUAAAUCGCAGAAAAAUGAUCUUUUUCUUAUUAUUUGUUUAAGAAAUGUAUACACAUCAAUUCGAUUUUUUAUUCACGUAUCUACUAGAUUCAGUAACAAUGAUAAUAAUAAUAGUGAUAAUAAUAUACUAUCUCUCUUCGAUAGGUGUGACAUGCGAGUAUUGCCAAAUUGUAGAUAAGCAAAGCUUUAAGCUUUUAAUCAUUAAUUUUAAAUUUAUCGAGAUAAUGUCAAAGUUUCAUAACGUGGAAGAUAUACAUACAUAUAUAUAUAUAUAUACAUAUAUUGAAAUCACUUUUCUCUAAGAGAAGAAUAAACUAUUUUUGUAAGACCAGAUUUUCAUAAAUUGCGGAAUGAAACUUUUUGCGAAAACACAGGAAAAUGUUUCUGAACUUGUGGCAAUAUUUAUUCGAACAAUUCUAUAUUUAUUUUAAUGCGAUUAUGUUGUUUGUCAAAUAGCCAAUUAUUUUCAAAAAUAUGUUGAACAUAUCCCUGUAUAACAGAUUUUUUUCUGAAUUAAUAAACUACGCCAAAUAAUACCAAAUUUUUACACUAAAUCAAUUUUAAUCUAUCGAACGACACUUUCGUACAGAAAUUUAAUCGUUUAUAAAAUAUUUCGUAUAUAAUUAAUAUUAAUUAUUUUUCUGUAACGUUUUUUAUAUUUAUCAAGGAAAUCAAUUAUUUCCUGUUGCAUCAAAAUGUAAUGCUCAUGAUACCGAAAUUUCAUCGAUAUUAUCUUAUAAUGAUUUAUCGUUUUAGUAUGAUUAUCACCAAUGACAGUUAUUGAUUGCGAUCAGUAGCGAAUUUUUUGAUUACGAUGGAUUGGAUAGGAAAACACGAGUAUCCUUUUCUUUUAUACAUUCCACUUAGCGAAGAUUAGGUGAAGACAAAGAAAGUGAGAGUUUAUCACGACGGAGAGGACAGCGGUGCGUGUCUUUCCACAUCUUGCAAAGAAUUCGAUCGCUCAUCUUUUUCUGAUUCACGAUCGAAAGUUUGCAAUUUCUAUAUGUGGCGGUCGCCGGAAUUCGCAGCGCGUCUCGAAUUUUCUGAGAUUAUUUUCUUAAAAUCAAUCUGGUGCUAAAUUUUGUGAACUUGCAAUGAUCUAAGAAUCAAUUGUGAUUUUAAUAUUGACUCUGAUCGAUAUAUACUUAAAGUUUUAUUAUUAUUAAUAAAGGAAAGUAUUAAUAAAAAUUGCAUGAUUUUAGAAAAUGUAAAUAAUUUACUUUCUGUACAUAUAACUAUUUUUAAUUAUUUUUUUUUGCUUGGUUGAAUAUGACUUAUUCGCACACUUGUAAUAGAAAAGUUAUAUAGAAUUGAAUUUAUAUUGACUCUAAAAAUUUGGAAAAACUGAAAUGAUGCGAUUUGAUUUGUCAAAUAAUAAGAAAAAAAUUUUAGAAGACAAACAAAUAUUUUUUACUAAACUGUCUUUAGAUAUUAAUAAUGAUCACAUCAUCAAAUAUUUUUCUCUCCGAAAUUUAUUAAAUGCUAAAAAUAUUACUAUAUAUAAUUAUGGCUUUAAUUGUUAUUUCCAAAUAUAUUAAAUAUUGUAUUUAUCUAUAUAAUAAUCUAUAUAAUACUCUGAAUCACGUUCAUUUUCAAAAAGAUUGUUUUGAUGUUGACGCGAAACUGCCGCGAAUUGCGUCACCGAAUUUGUCGGAAAAAUAGAAUAGGGGGAAAAAGAUAGAAAGAGAGAGAAAGUUAAAUGCGAGAGUGAAGCGUGAACUCAUUGGCGAAUGGAUGAACUAAACAUUUUCGAUGCCAGAGAAAAAGAGAGAGAACGAAAGGGAGAUCGCAAAAGACUAAGCGACGAGAUAUAAAAGUGACAAAAGAUACGAAAAUACAAAAAAGAAAAAAUAAUAGAUGUAUAUGCGACUGUGAUUUUUUUGAAAGAGAGAGACAGAGAGAGAGAGAGAGAGAGAGAGAGAGAGAGAGAGACUCUCGUGUGCGAGGGAUCGACGUUCUAUCCUAAAAAGAGCACGGUCCUCACGAUCUUUUGUGAUUCUUUUGUCGAUCGCAGGGACAAGAUUCUAACGGACGAUCCUGAUUUAUAGCAUAUCCUACGAUCGAACUCCUUCCUUUUUCCCUUUAUCUCGAUAACCUGAUCGAGCCUGAAACGCACACGUUGGGGUCGUCAGUGAAGAAAAGUCCGCUCGCGAGUACCGUGCUCUAUAAGGCUGGCUUUGUAGAGCUUUGGAGGUCUUCGUCGAACGAAUAAUUCUUGUCCUGUAAAUUAAAUAUUUCUCAAUCGAUCCUAUAAUCAAGGAUUUUAAACUUUUCUUAACAGAGCUUCGGGAGAUUUCCGAUAAAAAAAGAUAACUCUAUAUAUUUUAAACAACUGCAUGCCAAAGAUUUUUUUCAAAGAUAGAAGAAUAACACGUGGAAGGGGGUAAUAAUAAAUUGUAAAAAAUUAUAAGAUCCCGAUGCUCUGUCUAGAUGAUCAUUGUAAGUUAUCGGGAAAUUUUCUUCGCGUCAAAAUCUACAACGAUCUUUGUGAUAUAUAUUUUUCUGCUGUAAGAAUAUCCUUAUGACAAUCUCGAGAAAACGACGUUAAACCUUCCUUGCGGCGGAAGGUCCUCGAUGCGUGGGAACUUUCCGCCAGCACGCGAAGCCAGCCUGAAACCCAUAAUAGCACGACAAAGCAAAUUGACUCUUGUCGAUUAAUUAGUUGUUUAGCCUUUUCAUCGUCGAGACUCCUAGAGUGCGUGCGAUGCUUACUAGAGCGAACGUACGUGAUGAGCGUAUUUUAUGUAGUAUAUUUAAAAAAGUCGUGUGCAUUACGCUGUAUCAGUGAUGAUGUGCGCUGUGAGUUAAGUCAGGAGCGAAAUUUAUCAUGGAUGCAUCGAUGAUUGAAGGAGCGGAUCGGGAAGAGAAGAUGUUAGUGAUGCUAAUGAUAUUGAUGUUGCUGUUGAGAAUGACGGUGUAAUGAUGAGAAUGUUGAUGAUGAUAAUGUGGUUGGCUCGUGAUUCGUCGUGAAUCGCGGCGUCACGUUCAAGAAAAGAGAACGGAUCGUCGAUGUUAGAGAAACGAAGGCAAGAAGCAAACGUGUAAAAGUAAAUAUAAAUUUUGUAUCGCGGGGCGGGCCGGAUCGCGCCGCUUGUCGGCCUGCGGCAUCAAUUGAAAAUUUUCUGAAUGUGAUUUUUAUAUUUUUAAAAUUAAUCUGCAUAAUAUUAUAAUAAUAAUUAUUGAUUUAAAUGUAUUUUUGGAAGGUAUAUAAAAGGUAUAUAAUCAAAUAUUGAAAAUAAUGCAAAAAAAGAGAAAGAUUGACAGAACGUCUUCUUCUCUUUGUCAUUGCCUUCUUGACGUAAUUAUUAAUGCGAUUAUACAUCAGAGUGUACAUUUUUGUGAAAUUUUUAGUCAUUCAUUAUUUUGUAUCAAUAGCUGCAAAUAAUUAAUAGUUGCCACACAUCAUUGUCUCUCAAAUUUUUCACGUAAUUCUUCGGGCUCGCAAGCGUCCUAGCGAUUUGCCGCCCGCCUGCGGUGUCCUUGUAUGUACGAGACAAUAUUUUCGAUAAUAUUUUUUAACGAUCGAGUCGCGAAACACGAGCCCAACGUAGAUCUGUUGUUCGAUGCGCUUGAUAUCGCGCGGCGGUGGCGACGAGGCAACGUAUAUCGCAGGAACAUUUAAACGCAAAUCCUUGAUCCUUUUUUUCCCUUUAUUUUAAAUUGACGAUGCUAUCGAAAGAGAGAAUUCGACUUCGAACUGCACUGUAAGUUGCAGAAAUUAAAAUCGAAGCGAUAGAUCAUUUCUUCGUACAUCAUACACUUUCUGAAUUAUCGAUAUUGGGAUCCGUCAAUUAAAAAUUGCGUGUUCCAUAAUAAUUAAUUGUUACAUAUUAUACUGAACAAAAUUCCAAUAACGAUAGAAAGAAACAUCUGUUAGAUGAAAUUUGGUGUAGAUAUCUUGCGAUCUAUGAUGCUUUUCUGAAGGGGGAUGCCGAGAGGGAGCGACGCCACUGUCGUGACGAAGUGGGCGAAAUAAUUAAAAUAAAAAAGAUAAAAAAAAGCACAAAAAAAACACAACUGCGUGCGUGGAUGACGUCUGGUGCGCUGCGCAUGAGAGGAUAUCGAGUGCUGCUGCCGAUCGAGAGGCGAUCGGACCAAAAUAAUUAUAAUUGACGCAUGGUGAAAAGAAAAAAUGUGUCUCUAGGCGACCUAUAUAUGCGUGGGUGAAGCGAAAAAAAAAAAGAAAUAAAGAGGACGAUGUGGACGUUCGCCUGUCGUCGUUGCUCCACCCUCUCCUUCAAGUAAUUUCCUGGCACUCGAUCCGCCGAUUUCUAUAGGAUAAGGCCCUUUUAUGGCGUGAUAAGAUCAUUGAUAAAUCUUUAUUGAUGCUUCGCGACGAGCAGAAAUCACGGCCUACUCUCGCGAUGCGAGAGAUAAUCGAAUUGCCGAUUUUUGAGCGGCAUAACCCUCGCAGAUCGAAUGUAAUCAUCAAUAUUUGCUCAAUUCAAUGUCCUUUUCGCGUCUACGAUCGAGCUAAAGGAAAAGCUAAAGGAAAUGAAAUUUGUGCGCGUUUUGAGGAUAUUAUUUUUGAUGUAUGAUCAAAUUAAAGAACAAAUUAUGCUAUUUCGAGAAAUGUGAUGUCACAGAAGAGAUUUUAUUUUAUAUAUUUAAGGGAAUUUACAAAGGGAACAUAAAAGUUCGUCGGAUUUAACAUAACGUGCAUUUUUUACGAUCGAGAGGAAAAGAGAUCGGCAGCUAUAUUAUUAUUUGUUAAGAAUCCCAAAAUAUUUAUUGGGAUAGCACAGCGUGUGCGUGCCAAUCAAGAUGUAAAAGAUUUUAAUACAACUAGAUAUUGAAAUUUCGCGAUUCAAAUUUGAAUAAAAUGGAUACGAAAUCAAAUCAAUUCUAACGCAGAUUCAUCAAGAAUCUCAAACUGUACGGAACAUUUACUCGGUUAUUUUCUUUAAUGCCGAUUAUUCAGAGGUUCCGAAAUUUUAAAGAAUCAAGUGAACGAAGGCAAUAAGUAAAAUUCCUAAUGUUUCAAGAGUUUUGAAUUUUAAGAAUAAAUAUAUAUUUAACAAUUUUAUAUACAUCUAUAAUUUUGAAUUGACGAUGUAUCAAAGUUAUUGCUUAUUUUAUCUAACGUUUGAAUUUGUGCAAAGAAUUGUUCUCUUUUUCUUUAAAAAAUGUCAAAAUAUUAUGUGUGCGGAUAUAUGUAAUUAUCGAUUUUUAAUAUUUGUAUGUACUGAAAAAUUAGAAAAACGACCAACGACCUAAAUUGCACUAAUUAUAAACCGAUUUCUUUAAAAAUAUAAUAUUCUUCUUUCACUUGUUUCUUUAAUUGCAAGUUGCGUUUUCGAAACGAUCGCAAGGAACUGAUUAGAUUUUAAUAGGAGAGGGUGCGGCAUAUUUACGCGGUGCGUAUAUCGCAUUGCGUUAUCAUUUUAUUCCUAUUCGGUUUGAAUCAGUCAUGUGGUGCUUGCGAAGACUGUGUUUCCUGUAGAGAUUUAUAGUUGACAACGAUAAUGUGACUUCGGCUACAUCGCUUACAUGAAUGCCAGAGCGAUCGUGGAAUGACUGAAGGACGAAUCUUCGGGAAGUGUGUCUAGCGUAUGAUCGGUCACAUUAAUGAUCGCUCGAUAGACCCCUCAAGGUCCUCCCUGAUGACACGCACGGAGACAAAACGCGGCGCAAUCGAUCGAAAGUUUUCGGAAAAUCGCCAAGACGUUUUCUUCGUCGCGCUCGCUCGACGACCUCGAUGCGUUACAUUGUACUGAAUCAAUUCGAUUGCAUAUCACUUAAGACAUUAAUGUGGCUGACUGUACCGAUGAAUGCGAGAAACAAGAUUAUACGAAUCGCCAAGCGACAGUGCCAUAUAAUAUCGAGUCAUUUCGACUGCUAUUUCUUCAUUGUUUGAUUUGUCUUUUUUCGGAGACGCGAGUUUUGAAGUGCGACAAAAAGUACUCGCAGUCUCGUAUAGGAAUGCGUAUGAAAUGAGAAUGUGAAACCUAAGAUCUAAUCGGCGAAAAAUGCGAAUUGCUUCCUGUUUUUAUUUCACGAUUACCUUUUUUCUCACAGAAAACACGAUGGCCCGAAAAUAAAUUCCAUGAAAUCUGUA